UUGUGAAAAAAAAGUCAGAGUGCAAAAAAUCCCAUGCCAUUUCGAGGCUGUAUAUAAACAUCUGCGUUAUAAAUAAGAUCUAAUAAAAGAUUUUGUGUGAAACAGAGUUGCUGUCGUUGGAACACAACCAUGGGAGGACAAGCAAAGGCUAAAAAGAAAGAGAAACCUAAAAGAAAAGAGAACCGUAAAGGUCCUGAGAGCACAGCAAUGUCACCACAGGACAGGAUGAAAGCCAGGAUGCAAGAGAGAGCCAAAAAGAAGACGGCUGAAAAAUACUCCAUUGAUCAGUUACUAGAAAAGACAGAAGAAUGCAUGGACAAUUUUGACUUCCCAAUGGCGAAGAUGUUUUGUCAACGUGCUCUAGACAUUGAGCCUACCAACCUGACCGUUCUGGACAUGCUCGGAAACAUCUGCGCUGAGCUUGGGGACAUGGAUAAAGCCAAACAAGUAUUUCUGAAAGCGGUGGAUUUGAGUCCAGAGGAAGGCCACAGUAAGUACAUGUACCUGGGUCAGAUUCACACAGGCGCCGAGGCUGUGCAGUACUUCAGCAAAGGCAUUGAAGUCAUGCUGAAAGCCAUGGACAAGCAAGCGCAAGAGGUUAGCAGUAUGGGAGCUGCUGCUUUACCAUCUGAGUCUCCCAUUACCGAAAAGGACGUGUCCGUGGCCUUCUGUUCCGUUGCCGAGAUCUUCUUCACUGACCUUUGUAUGGAGGAGGGAGCAGCCGAGCGAUGUAAGGAGGCUAUAGAGAAAGCUCUGCACUAUGACCAGAACAAUCCUGAAGCUCUGCAGUUAAUGGCUAGCUACCUCUUCAGCACUGAGAAACCUGAGGAGGGCCGUGACUACCUGAUAAAGAGUGUGUCGUCAUGGUUACCGAGUCGAGAGGAGGAGGAAGAAUGUUCCGCAAGCUUAGAGCAAGAUGAGGAUGAAGAGGAGGAGGAAAAAAGUAAACUCCCGCCGUACGAGUCCCGAAUUACAACAUCCAAACUGCUGAUAGAGGUUGAGGAGUUUGAGAUGGCCACAGACGUGUUGGAGGGUCUGCUAGAGGAGGACGAUGAGGUUGUACAGGUGUGGUAUUUAUUAGGAUGGUUGUAUUAUCUCCAACUGGACAAGCCCGGUGCUUCAGAAGACUCAGAAAGCUUGAAAAAAUCAGCCAGGAUCUACCUUACCAAAGCAAAAAAGCUCUACAUAAAGCUACAUUGUGAUGACGCGCCCAUGUCGGAGCACACUGAGCAGCUGUUAGGUGAACUUGGUGGAGAACUGGUCGCUGAAGAUGAUGCGGAUGAAGCCGGACCUUCUGUCGAUGACAUUGGGGAUGACUUCAUUCAGAGCAGUGAGGAUGAGGAUGAUGCUGAUGAUGCUAUGGAGCACUGAAUAAAUCUCCAGCAAAUGUUCUUCUGUUCCUUUUCUACUUUGUUCUCUGUGGUGACUGUUUAAAGUUAAGAACAGACGUGUGUUUAUCCAGAGAUAUGUCAAGAUUUUGAAGAAUAAUAAAGGUCUCAUCUUUUGUCAUUUCUCACUGUGUGGUGACUGUAAUAAUAACAUUUUAAUCAUGUUACUGAGUCAGAAAUGGCAUCAAUGAUUAAAAACUGCUUUUUAAAUCAAA